AUGGCUCUUUCCCGAAAUGCCACGGCUCGUCGCUCCAAUGCUAACAUUGAGAUCAAGAGGAAAGUAAGGCUCGUCACCGAGCAGAAUGUCAUCGACAAGCCGUCCCCCGUCGAGGAUUUUCCCAUGCGGAAAUGGUCGAUCAACGUCUACAUCAUCGGCGAGGAUGGUGAGGAGCACCCGGCCGACUGCUUCCUCAAGGUCGUCUACAACCUCCACCCUUCCUUCGACAACCCGACCCAAACCUUCAACAAGCCUCCUUUCCGUUGCGAAAACGAGGGAUGGGGUGAAUUCGAUAUGACGAUCGAUUGCUACAUUACCGAAAAGUCGAAGCAGUCCCUCAGCCACGAUCUCAACUUCGCUAAGAACCGCUACGAGGCCGAGCAUACCGUUUCUUUUAAGAACCCCUCACAGGCCCUGCAGCAAAUCCUGCGCGAAACCGGCCCCUUGCCAUCAGACGAUGACCGCCUCAAGAAGAAGGGUGGUGCUGGUAAGAAGGGUGCCCAGAAGUACGACUACGAAAAGAUUGCCCAGGCGCUCGAGAAGCUGGAUGAGGAUGAUCUGCUCCGCGUCAUUCAAAUUAUCAAUGAUAACAAGACAGCGGAGACAUACAUCAAGAGUGAUGUCGAUGGUGAGCUUGCGCCUGCUUCCCCUGGUGUCGAUCUCUUGGCCGCGGGAGAGUUUUCCAUUGAUCUGUAUACGAUGUCGGAUCAGAUGACCAAGCUCCUGUGGGACUACUUGGUGAGUCAAAAAUAUGUCCGGGUCUAG